CUGGAGUGUACCGGAAGUGAAAGGAUGCAACACAGAUCCACAUGCCCCUAGUUUCAGCCAAUCGUGGUGUUUCGAGUCAGUCGGUGAAGGAAUUAACCAAUAAGAUUGCGAGUCGUGGUGUUACAGCUCGGGAAUGCAACCUGCUAUCGUUUGUCACCUACGGAUCAGCUGUGCCAUUAUCGUCUGAUAGAAGAGCCGCUGUUGUUAGUGCUUUUCAAGGGAGGCAAGUGCUAACCACCAAAUAUGGCCACAGCACAGUCCGUCUUAAUGUUAGCAGUAUGUAUUCUCAUGAUAACUGAGUUCAUACUGGCACAGAGGGACUACUAUGACAUCCUAGGUGUGCCAAAGGAUGCCUCUGAGCGCCAGAUCAAGAAGGCCUUCCAUAAGCUAGCCAUGAAGUACCAUCCUGACCGAAACAAGAGUCCUGACGCAGAGGCAAAGUUCAGGGAAAUAGCUGAGGCCUAUGAGACGUUAUCAGACGAUAAGAGGAGACUGGAGUAUGACCAGUUUGGACAUGGCCCCUCCCCUGGUGAGCCAGGCACAGGAGGUGGGAGGAGUGGACAGCACUUCCACCAGAACUUUAACUUCAACUUUGAUGACCUGUUCAGAGACUCUGACCUGUUCGGUCAUAACCAGCACUCCCACCACAAGAGGGCCUUCAACAGCCACUUCCAGGCCCACCAACAGGCCCAUCAGAAGGCCCAGAACAGGCACAAGAGACACUUCCAGGGCUCCUUUGGUGGAGAACUCUUUGAUGACGUGUUUGAGGACAUGGAGAAGAUGUUCUCGUUUAACGGACACACGGGCGGGGCGGACAGCCGGUUCCAGGGCUCGGCAAAACAACACUGCAGGACAGUGACGCAGCGCAGAGGGAACAUGGUCACCACAUACACAGACUGUUCUUGAUUGAUCUCUACCAGAAACACAUCCCACUACUCACGGGGUAUGGGUUUAGCUUUUGUGGUUAUUUUGUAAUUACUUUUAAUUUAGCACUUUGGAACAUGGUUUUGGACAGAUAGAAAAUAUGCUAUAAAUAUGUUGAUGCCUAUGGGCCAUAAAACAAACUGUUCUCAAGCAAUACCUUUCACUCAUUUUGGAUAUAAUUUAGCUGGGCUUAUGUAUUAGGUUUUUACUUAUGGAUAUCAUUGCAUGUUACAAUGCCUCCAUUCAGAUUUUAAAUUGACUUUGUUUACAUCAUGCUAUGACAAGCACCGACUCCCAUUUCUCAGGUUCUCUCUUGGCUUCCAUCUUUGAGAGCAGCAAAUGUAUUGAGUUGGGAGAAGGGAAAAAAUAUCACGCUUUCUUUUAUUUUCAUUCUGUAACAUUUGAAAUGGCUAAGCAAAACCAAAGUAAUUCUCUCUUUCAGAAAGAGUUCUUCCAAUAUCGUGAAAGUCAGUGUUAUAGCACAUUUUUAUAUGGCUUAUGCCUUGUAAUUUUAGAGCUUUUGCAUUUGAUUGGGGACUUAUUAUGCCCCCCCCCCCAAUGUGUUAAGUUGCUAUCACUUGAGUUGAAUCUCACCGUGAAGUUGAAGAGAACCUAACUCUAAAUGUGUAUUUAACCAGGCUAUACACCAUUAUCAACUGUUACCUCUAGUUUUUUUUCUGAAAAGUGUGCCUCUGCCAUUUUAUUAUGUGCAAUAUUUGCAGUUGGCACCUUUGUUCUGUUGUCUUUUUGACUUUGCUGCCUGAUUUAUCAUUUUGUGUGAAACCAAUGUUCUGUUAUUGAAUGCUGUCUGCACUUUGUUAAUCCUAAGGAUGAUCUAUUUUUAAAUAUUGAAAGAAUGAGGAGUGGUACUUGUUUGGAAAUAAAAAUAUAUUUACUCUAAGGUC